CAAAGUCAAACUACGAAGUUUAAGUAGUAAACCCUCUGAGUAAACCGUAAACAGCAGUUGCAAUUUAUAGAGUUUAUUUAUUGAUCAACUUAACAAAUCGAUAAAAUAAUGGAUGAUCCAGAUUUGGAGAAAAUAAGGCAACAACGCCUUGCUCAACUACAGGCACAGCAUGGUGGUGGUGAUCCUAACCAAGCGAAGGCACAGGAGGAGCGGAUGCAGGCAAUGGAAGAAGCAAAACACUCCAUACUUGCACAGGCUCUUGAUCAAAAUGCCAGAGCCAGAUUGAAUACAAUCAAAAUAAGUAAGCCAGAGAAAGCUGCUAUGGUGGAAAACAUGAUCUGCAGAAUGGCCCAAAUGGGGCAGGUUCGAAACAAAAUCUCUGAACAAGAGCUUAUACAAAUUUUGGAAUCAGUCAAUCAACAAAUGCCAAAAACUACCAGUUCAGUGAAAUUUGAUAGAAGAAGGGCGGCUAUUGACUCAGAUGAUGAUGAUAACAUCUAGCAGAAUAAAAUUUAUUGGCAAAUCAAAUGACUUGUUGCUAUAUCAUGAUCCAUGAAUGGCAAUGGAUUAGUAUCAUAUGUGAAUUGUGAAGAUGGCUUACAAAGAAAUUUGCACAAUAAUUGGUGUAGCAAGAUGGUGUACAUUUCUUAGUUUACUAUCUUUACUCUUCACAAACCACAAGGAUUAAAACAUCUGAUUAAACUAUUGCUUUAUAACACAAACUUAACUAAUAUGCCUUAAUUAAAACACUUAUUUUAUUAUUUGUAAA